AUGGCUGAGCAGGGAGGAGAGCUUCAACUCUUCAGUCAGUGCAAAGUCUGUAUCAUAUGCUCUAAAGAUCUUAGUGCCGACACGGCACAUCAGCUCGCAUCUACAUUCGAAGAACAUGGCGGUGAAACUGUGAUCUAUGAGCCGCCAGCUACCUUCCCUCCCCUCUCCGAUUUCACCCACCUCAUCUCCUGCACGAUUGACUUUCCUGCCUUCGACGCGGCGGGGGACGCCCUGAUACCAGUCGUCAAACCUCACUGGGUACAUGCGUGCCUAGCAAAGAGAAAGCUAGCAAAUCCGCGCCAAUAUAGUCCUGACCCGCGGCUCUUCUUGAACGAUGUGGUGAUCACAUGCGGUGAUAUACCAGGAGGCGAUAAGGAGGCUAUCAUCGGUGGCGUGCUGGCGAAAGGUGGGAUCUACAGUCCGAAGGUCUCUCAGCAGGUCACGCAUUUGGUUGAUUUGACCGCGGAGUCCGAUAAGGCUCGAUUAAUCGCCGCAAAGAAGUUGAAUAUCAAGAUAGUGCUUCCACACUGGUUUGACGACUGCCUAAAGCUUGGCCGAAGAAUCGACGAGCGUCCAUAUACCCUUCCCGACCCCGAAAUCCUCCGUGCAGCGCCAGAUGCACCCAUCCGUUCCUCAGAAAACCGUGACAUCAUCGGCGCAUCCACAACGAACCCAGCCAACCUUCCCUCGUCUGUCAAAUCGCCUGACGCGCAGCCGGCGCUUACCGUAUUUCAAGACAAGAAUGUCAUGCUCUCCACAGACCUCGGUAUUGGACCUCGUCUUCUCGGGUCCAUCGAGGGUAUCAUCAAGAACGGCGGCGGCUCUAUCACGACGGAUGUCUCAAAGGCUGAUAUCUUGAUCUGUCGCUAUAGAGAGGGUUUCGCAUACCGUAUGGCAUCGAGGCUGAACAAGGACGUUGGAAAUCUAUCAUGGCUUUACCACCUGAUGACCUACAACACCUGGACAUCUCCUCUACGGCGAUUGCUACACUAUCCUGUCUCGCGGUCUGGAAUCCCAGGGUUUAAGGGAUUCAAGAUCAGUCUGUCCAACUAUGUUGGAGAAGCAAGAGCAUAUUUGGAGAAUCUGAUCACCGCAACAGGCGCAGAAUGCACAAAGACGCUAAAGCAAGAAAAUACCCAUCUUGUGACUGCUCAUGGUAAUAGUGAGAAAUGCGCCGCGGCAAAGGAGUGGGGAUUGCAGGUUGUCAAUCACUUAUGGUUGGAGGAGAGUUACGCAAGAUGGAAGUUGCAACCCGUUUCUGAUCCGCGCUAUACUCACUUCCCUAAGAGAACGAACCUAGGCGAAGUUGUUGGCCAGACCAGGCUCGACAGAACGGUCCUUGAAAGCAUAUUCUUCCAAAGUGAAGGCUUAUCCCGAGAGCAGGUGAGUCCUCGACGGGCGAUGCAAACCAAGGAACAGAAUACCGUUGCUGCGAAGUCAUCGGAUACCAUGCAACCACCAUCAGCCAAAGUGACAGAAUCCGAGAGCGAAGUACUGCCGCAGCCGCAAAUCGCAACUCCGCGAGCGGUUGAAAGGUCGCGUAAGACAAGUACAACAGAUAAUCAGAAGUUACAAACACCGGCGCGUGCUCGGCUUACGUCGGAAGGCAAGGAGAAUGAUACUCCAUCUACGACAAGUAGCCGGAAGUCGAAAGAGGCCGCUACCGCCCGACUGCACGAGAUCGCCCCGGACAUUGCCCUGUACGAAAAAGAAAAGAAGCGUGUUGGUGGCGUGAUCUAUGGUGGUCGACGAAAGACCGACGAGGAUCGAGUCAUACUCAACAAUGGCAAGAAGCGGCGGUCCAUGGAAGCGGAGGACAAGAGCGAUGAAGAGGACAGCACGGAAGCAAAGAGGCAGAAGAAGGGCAAGCCCUCUGUCGCAAUGCACCUUCUCAUUACGGGUUAUCAAAAAUGGGUUGGGAACCCGAAGAAAGAAGAUUCGGAUAAGCUCCGUGAGCUUGGCAUCUUGGUUGUCCAAGACGCCCGAAGAUGCUCUCAUCUUGCUGCUCCCUCUAUUUUGCGAACUCCUAAGUUUGUCAACGCGCUUGCAUACGGUCCAGCUAUUGUGAGCAUUGACUUCAUCACGCAAUGCCUCGAAAAAGACGAACUUCUGGACCCUGCUGAUUUCCCUCUAAAAGAUGACGCUUCCGAGAAGAAAUAUGGGUUCUCAUUAGAAGAAGCAAAGAUGAACGCCAAAAAGAACAAGAACAAGCUCCUGCGAGGGUAUCAAAUACACUGCGUCGAGACCAUUCGCGGUGGUUUUGACGCAUUCAAGUCCAUCGUGGAUGCUAAUGGAGGAGAAUGCUCUCUUUUCCGUGGUCGCGUUUCAUAUCGAUCACAGCGCGAGGAGAGCGAGGAAGAGAGCUCGGGAGACGACGAUCGCAGCCGAAAGGAGGUAUAUCUUCUGAGCAGUACUUCUGCAGACCACACCAAGCUGUGGCCGCGGUUCCGCCAGAUGGUCCUAAACAGAGGCAAAACACCACGGAUAGUCCGGGUAGAUUGGCUUCUUGAUAUCGCCAUGUCCCAAACGCUGCGCGCAGCAGAUGCAUAUGAGCUAGACGAGGAGAUGGCGGAAAAGAUGGAGCAGUAG